AUGAAGUUGAUAUUCUCUAUUUUAUUGGCGGCAGCAUUUGCUUAUUUAGUAAUAAGUCAAACCGAUCCAAGUGUUAAUUGUGUAUACCAGAACCAUACACUAGGAUACACGUGCUAUUUAAACACUUUCAAUCCCGAUGGAAUUGACAACUUUACAAAAAUUGACGGUGAACAUUUAAAAGGAAAAAUCCACAUGGACGUCCGUCGUGUCAUGUCAAGUAACACUUCAACAACAACAAUUAUUCCAUCAAUUUUGUGCAAUUCUUUCCGAUUUUCUGACCAUUUGUCCAUCAUUAAUAGUUUCAUUGGAUAUGUCGGACCAAAUGCCUUGAGAAGCUGCUCUGUGCUUACAAUUUUGAACCUGUCAAACAAUAAAAUCACAGAUUUAGCACCAAAUGCAUUUGAGAAUACGAGAUUCUUGAGAAACUUGAUUUUGGAUCUAAACUAUUUGAUGGACCUACCAGAUGGCAUUUUCACACCUUUGAUCCACCUUCAAAAUUUGCAGAUUAACCAGAAUUUCCUCCAAGUUAUUCAAACGAGUGUAUUUAGUUCACAUCCAGUUCUUGAAAAUGUCUUUUUAAACUACAACAUGAUAUUGGCAUUAAGCCCUGCAAUUAUUGAGAACACAAACAUCCAAACCCUCUACAUGAACUCAAAUAUUUGCGCUAAUGGAUAUUUCUACAAUUUAUCCAGAGAAAAUUUGACAAUUUCAUUACAAAAAUGUUUGGACAACUAUUCAGCAAUGCAGAUUCCAACAACACCACUUCCAACACCACCACCUGGAAGUUGUGGCGUGGGCAACAUUUAUGACAGAGUUUGUGAACUGGAAAGCAUUGUUGAGGAAUUAAGUCAGAGGAUUGACAACUUGACACCUGAUCCACAUAAAUAG